GCCAUGAAAAACGGCGGAGAAUGUAGCCGUGUUGUAUUUCUAGAAUCAGCGCGGGUAAAACUUGUGGUCGAGCAAUUGAACCUCGCUAAUGGAGCGGUCUUCAAAAUAUACGACGGCCCAAGCCCUGAAAAAGGCCAACUUCUUGGUUUAAAAGCGGACAAUGGGUUGCCACUGACGUACCUUACCACGAGUAACGCUUUGUUCAUUAUGUUCAGAGAUAGCCAAAAAAAGGAAGGGCCUUCGAGUUUUCGCGGGAAAGUCGCUCCGGAACCUUAUCAGCACAUGUGUCUCUGUCGGUCUGUAGAUAAUGGAACUCUAGAGUGUUCUGAGAGUGAUCGCGAAAGAAGUUGUAAAGUAAAGUGUCAACCAUCAUAUAUGGACUUGUCAAUAAGUAAAGAAGUGAAGUGCGAUCUCGUGAAAGGAGAAUGGGAUAUUGAUAUUCAUAACAUGCACAUCGCUUGUCAGAAGGUGCAAAGCCCAUUACAAAUCAAAGCGCUGUUGCAGUUCGAUUACGUUAAUGCAACUUGUAAAGAUGCUGACUCGGAAAAAAUAAAAAGUGCCUUCAGGUUGUCCAUGGAACAAAACAAUGACGUAAAAACCAAGGGUGUGUGUUUUGCUCCUGGUGGUGAUGAAAAUGUGGAUUGCAAGGGGAAGAAACUUCAAGUGAACUGCACUGGUGACAAGCCAGCCAGAAUGAUAAUAACAAUUACAGACCGUGUAACAAAACCUCCAACUUUAAAGGAAGCCAAUGUGAAACUUCAAGAGCUGAUCACAGCAUACAAAAACUUGAACCUUGAUAAUGUUUUGAACUCCAAAGAUUUAGUCAUGAAUAAUGGAAGUGACUCAUUCACUCCAGAUAAGGCAUCAGCUUCUAUAAAGGUAACACCUCUAUGUGAUAAUCUACAACACUAUAUUAAGGUCCCUGGUAAUGAUACAUCUUUUGUCUGUUCCACCUGCCCACUGCACCAUGCCUAUAACACAUCUACCCACAUGUGUGAGGAAUGUCCCUCCGGAAGUAGAGCAUCUUCUGGUGCAAUCUCCUGCACAAAGAGUGACAGCACCAUGAAGAUGACCCCCAUUAAGACUCCAUGCAAUAGUGCGUGCAUGAAGGGAAGACAUGUGGAUUCGAACUCUAAGAUGUGUGAAUGGUGUCCACAGGAUACUUACCAGAACUCUUCAACAAGGCUUAACCCCACAUGUAUGCCUUGUCCUGAUCAAAAGAAGACCAGCUUUCCAGGAGCACAGAGUGUAGGGGAAUGUCAUGACCCUUGUUCAUCAGGUUCCUUCUACAACACAUCUAGUGGUGCUUGUCAGAGUUGUGCUAUCGGUUCUUACAUUGAUGUUGACAAUCAUGCACUCACCAAGUGCAAGACCUGUAGUGUGGGUAAGACAACCAGAGCAACUGGCAGCAAAGACAGCAGUGACUGUUACACAAGGUGCCCACCAGGCCAGUUUUACAACUCAGAUUCAAAACAGUGUACUCCUUGUGGAAAAGGUAAAUAUCAAGACAAGACGGGCGAAGACACUUGCAUGGAUUGUCCUAUGAACAAAACAACUCUGAAUCCAGGAUCAAAAAGUUCUGCUGAAUGCAUUAUGUUAUGUGGACCAGGACAAUUUCUUAUGGAAUCUAAUGGAAAGUGUGAUGAUUGUCCAAUGAAUACAUACCAGGAUAUUAAUCAGCAUCAAAACAAGACAUGCAAGUCCUGCGGACCAGACAAAAUCACAAAUGCAACAGGGAAAUCUAGCAUUUCUCAGUGCUUUGAGAAGUGUAGCAAGGGCCAGUUCUUAAACAAGUCUUCCACCAAGUGUAAAAGGUGUCCUGCAGGAGAGUACCAAGAUCAGCUGGGUCAAGAGCAGUGUAAAAAGUGUCCACCAGGUCAUUACCAAGAUCUAACAGGCCAAGAGCAGUGCAAAAAGUGUCCAGCAGGCAAGUACCAAGAUCUAACAGGCCAAGAGCAGUGCAAAAAUUGUUCUACAGGGGAGUACCAAGAUCUACCAGGCCAAGAGCAGUGCAAAAAUUGUUCUACAGGGGAGUACCAAGAUCUACCAGGCCAAGAGCAGUGCAAAAAUUGUUCUACAGGGGAGUACCAAGAUCUACCAGGCCAAGAGCAGUGCAAAAAGUGUCCAUCUGGGGAGUAUCAAGAUCAGCCUAGCCAAAAGCUGUGCAAAAAGUGUCCAUCUGGGGAGUAUCAAGACCUACCAGGCCAAGAGCAGUGCAAAAAGUGUCCAGCAGGCAAGUACCAAGAUCUAACAGGCCAAGAGCAGUGCAAAAAUUGUUCUACAGGGGAGUACCAAGAUCUACCAGGCCAAGAGCAGUGCAAAAAUUGUUCUACAGGGGAGUACCAAGAUCUACCAGGCCAAGAGCAGUGCAAAAAUUGUUCUACAGGGGAGUACCAAGAUCAGCCAAGCCAAAAGCUGUGCAAAAAUUGUCCAUCUGGGGAGUACCAAGACCUACCAGGCCAAAAGCUGUGCAAAAAGUGUCCAUCUAUCAGGCCAAGGGCAGGGCAAAAAAAAAAAGUGCUACAGGAAUCAAGACAAAAAUUGUUCUACAGGGGAGUACCAAGAUCAGCCAGGCCAAAAGCUGUGCAAAAAGUGUCCAUCUGGGGAGUAUCAAGACCUACCAGGCCAAGAGCAGUGCAAAAAAUGUGCUACAGGAAGGUACCAAGAUCAGACAGGCCAAGGGCAGUGCAAAAAUUGUUCUACAGGGGAGUACCAAGAUCAGCCAGGCCAAAAGCUGUGCAAAAAGUGUCCAUCUGGGGAGUAUCAAGAACAGACCAGCCAGGAGUACUGUAAAAAGUGUCCUGAAGGUAAAACCACUGAAAACAAGGGAACUGAUGAUUCUAAAGCAUGCAUAACUAUUGAUGUAAAGAGCAAAUUUGAAUUGUCUCUUAGAUUUGCUUCUCUUUCUUGGAGUGAAGAACUUAAAGAGGAAGGGAGCAUGAAAUACCAAGAGACAAAGGCAGUCAUUGAGAAAGCAAUCCAAUUUGAGUUCCGCUAUGAUCAAUCAUUCAAGAGUGUUGAGGUAACCAACCUAAAGAAAGGCAGUGUCAUUGCAGAGUUUGAUGUGAGCUUCAAUGACAAAGCUGAUUACAAUCCUGUAAAAGUUCUUCAGGAGGCAGUAGAUAAAGGUCACGUAGGAAACUUGACAGUUUCUCCACAGUCAUUGAAUAUUCUUCAUCAACCAUGCCAUCAACCUCUAGGCAUGGAAAAUGGUCAAAUCAAGAACAAGCAAAUUACAGCAUCAACAUUCUUCAAACAUCAUGAGCCAUCUGAAGCCAGACUGAAUGCAGAAGGAGGGCGGGGCUGGCAUGCUAAGUAUUUCAAGAAGACGGAGUACUUGCAGAUUGACUUUGAGAGCGAGGUCAACAUCACAGGUGUGGCCACACAAGGAGUAUCCUCUAAAGGAUAUUUUUAUGUGACAGAAUACAAGCUUAAUAUGAGCAAAGAUGGAAUUGUGUGGCAUGAAUACACUGAAAAUAACAAAUCAAAGGUAUAAUGCUAUACACUAAAAUGAUGCAUUUAUGUUCAAAUUCUUCCUUAGUGCAAAAAUUUACAGACCUGUUUAAAUUAAAUUUUGAUUCCCUUGUCUGAUGACCUCAAAUACCAUACUCUGAAAUAGGAGAAAACUGGUUUGGAAACUUUUAAUCCAAAGAAGAAAGAUGAAGCACAACAAAUGCAACCAAACUGUCACACCUUUGAUGGAUGAUAAAGCUAACAUUAACUUAGUUUAAAACCUUUCCCUUCCUUGACAAAUCACACCCUAAUGCAUAAUUGUUUCCUGUUAAUACCCUAUAUUAAUGUAAACUGUUUGGGAAAUUUGGAAUACAGGUAGUGUUACCUAUACAGUAUAACUUGUCCUAGAUGUUUAAAAGGAUGGAUUUUGAUGUUCAUUGGAUAAAUAAUUAUUGCAAGUUAAUAUACCUGCCACAAACUCAUUGUCCACAGUGGAUGUUAGUUAUACAAGUCAUAAUUACACCAGUUUUAAAACAAUAUUAUCUUGUUACUCCUGACAAUUAGCAAUAUUUUUAAGAUUAUAUGGUCUAAUCCAUCUCCCAUAGUUCGUUUUGCUUAUAUAGGUACCAAUGGAGUACAUAGAACGUUACAGCUCCUAGGUGCAAACCAUUACUAAAUAAUAUUUUGUUUAUGAUAGGUUUUCAACGGUAAUAAUGAUGCAGAAACUGCUGUGAGAAACGACUUUGCACCAUCUGUGCAGUCUCGGUUUAUCCGAUUUCUGCCUCAAAAUUGGAACAAACGCAUUUACAUGCGUGUUGAGGUCUAUGGCUGCAAGCCCAUCAACCUGCCUGUUCCAUCACCUACAACUGAAGCAGAUGUUGCUGCAGUGACAGCGAAAGAGGAAAAGUGGCCAUGGGGAGCAUAUCUUGGCAUCGUGUUUGCAAUCCUGCUUGUCAUUGGAGUUGUGGUUGCUGUCAUCUGCUGGAGGAAAAAGAGCCAAGAAAAGAGAGAGGAAGCUGGAACUGAUGAAGCUCUGAUGGGAAUGAGGAAGCAUGGUGAUGGAGAGUACAGAGUCAUCGAGAAAAAUGCUGCAGAGCCUGACGAAUAUGAUGAAAAUGUAGUUUGAGUCAAAUUAUCAAAGACACAAAGAGUUGAUAAAAGAGGCAAUAUAACUUGCGCCUUUUCAAAGACAAAAAUAGUUUAGUCAUUAUAAAGUUAUGUCUGUCAAACUCAACAUAGGAUCUGUUUUUUUUCAUAUCAAUAUUAACUUUUGAUUGUUUCUUAGAUAGUGAAGUACCCUGUGUAACAGAUGCUUGACUUGACAGGGUGUAAUGGUGAUUUAACUUAAAAGAGUACACAGGCACAAGAGACAGAGUACUGCUUUUCUCGCCAAGCUCUAGCUGCUCGAUAGGCUAAUGUGUAACAAAUUAUAUUACAUUUAUAUUAAAUUAUGAACAUAAUUUUUACCAUUAACAGCUAAUAUCUGAAAACUAUGCAGAAGACCUCUUGCAGUCAACCAGACAUCUUGUUCCAGAUACAAGAAACUACGUCAAUAUUUUGUCUCCUUGGUUACUGGCCCUCCUUGCCUCAUUUCAGGGUGAAGAUUCUUUCAAAUUUCAAAGAUGACAAAGAAUCACAGUAAUAAGAGAAUAAGGAAAAAAGUCACCAUUUUGGAGUAAGAUUUAUAAUGGCUGUCAACAACCAGUUACAAGGAGACAAAGUAAAGAAAACAACUCAAUGAUGAUGAUAAUUUUCCCUGAAAAUCUAAACGUCGUUUUUCAUUGCUUAAAUGUUUUUCUUGUGGUUUUUAGUAUAGAAACUUUUGUUUGUUCUGACUGAAGUUAAUUCACAUUUCCUAUUUUCCAUUUCAUGUUGCAAAAAUAGGGACUUUUCAAUUGAAAGGAGUUUGGCAUGCCUGUGAUCUUACAAGAGGGCAAUAAAGUCUAGUGAAAAUGACAAAAAAAAUGAAUAACAAAGUAUCAUUGUGGUUUCCAGCUUAGAUCUUAGGCCAUAUAAAUCAUACAAUUUGCAAAAGAAGUUUUGGUCCAUAUUAUCCCUUAAAUUUGUAGACUGCAAUUCCCUGAAAUAAAUGCAAUUUGAGAGUUGGUCAAGAUUUAAUAUUUGUUUACUUAACCCUUAACUCCCGCAAGUGAUUAGCAUGUAAGAUCUACACAUUAUCCAGCCAACAUGUCAUGAGAAUACAAAAAGUUAUCAAGUAGAAGUUAGUAGUCUUGAUCUAAGACCAAAUUCUCAUGACUUAUUAACAAGGCAACGAGUAGCAGCUAGAGAGAAGAAUUAAAAUCAGAUCUUGGGAGUUAAAGGGUUAAAUGGAAAAGACAAGUAUGUAAUGAUACUAACUUGAAGACAGACGUUUUCUUCUCUAUUUCACAAUUAGAUAAUUCGUUCUCCAUUUCUAUCGAUAGAUGAUGCAUGCGAAGAACCAAUCAGUAUGAACAUAGAAAUCGAGAGCGAAUAGUAUAUUUUAAUAUUUUGGUAUAAAUGUGGAAGUUGUUCCACACGUAACAACAUGUCAGGCAUUCUCCUGUCCCAAAAAAUUGUUAUCUUCCACCAGGUCUGUCAAAGUAUCAUAUUUUAGAGUUAUAGCAACUGCUUUCCGAAGAUUACUUG